AUGGUGCAGAAUCCAAUAUCCAGCCUCUCUACUAACAGGAGGUAUCUCUCGGCUUGCAUCGUCGGGGCAACCAUCCUCCUGGUUAUCACCGCGCUGCGCGUAUCCAGUGAUGACGACCCAGCGGUGCUGAAAUCAUCGACAAGAUGGAACAGCGCCGCGAUUCCAGACGAACCGGGACAUGCGAUGUCGUCCACCCACCGAGGCAAGAAGGACGACCGGCCUACCUUCGCCGACUUGGCCGCCAACUCUGGUACGGAUAAGGUGACGACGCACAACUACGGGCUUCUUUACGACAAGCAUCUCCCUGCUUUCCGCGAUUUGCCGGUCAAGAUACUGGAAAUUGGCCUGGGUUGCGGCUUGCCAUACGCCCCCGGUGCUUCUUAUGAUACCUGGAUUCAAUACUUCGCGAACCUUGAGCUCAAUAUCAUCGAACAAGACCAGGCAUGCGGCAAGGUCUGGGCGACCCAAAAUCCAAAAGCAAAAGUCUUCUUUGGCGACCCUGCCUCGGCAGAAUUCCUCCACGAUACAGGUGACAAGAUCACCUCCGACCGCCUCUUGGACAUAGUCAUCGAUGACGGCGGUCACACAAUGACCCAACAGGAGGUUAGCCUCAAAGAACUUUGGAAAUAUGUUCGUCCCGGUGGCAUCUAUAUCGCCGAAGACUUGCAUACCAGUUUUCUAUCUUCCCAUGACGGUGACCCAACCAGGCUGAAUACAACAAGACGUACCUUUAUGCGCUUCGUCUACGAGCUCAUGGACGACUACAUCAGUGUUCCCGCAUUGCCCAAUGAGUUACAGUUGCAAACGAGCGGCCAGAAGUACACGUUUUCUCAUGAGGUCUCGAGUAUCGAGUGCAUGGAGGCAAUGUGUGUCUUCAUGAAGAAGGAUGUCGGGGCUCGGUGA